GAGCAGUCACAUGACCUGCUCCCGGGCAGCUCCUAUUGCCGGUGUUGCGGCUGUCGGGUUAACCAUGGCGAUGUAUUUGUAUAUUCUGUCCUUGCUCGGGCUGUUCUCCGUGCGCUCCGCUGUCGCUGACACACCGGCCAACUGUUCUUACGAGGACUUGCUGGGUACCUGGGUGUUCCACGUUGGGCACGAAGGGCAAGGCAGAGAUGUCGAUUGCUCCAACGUGGGUCCUCCAAUAAAAACUGUGACUGUACAUCUCCAGAAGUUUGAUAUUGCUGAAAGUGAACGUGGAUCUUUUGGUUUUUUCACCUUGAUUUACAACCAAGGUUUUGAAGUGGUACUUGAUAAUUACAAAUGGUUUGCUUUUUUUAAGUACAAGCAAGAAGGCUCAAAUGUAACUAGCUACUGUCAUGAAACACUACCAGGAUCGGUACAUGAUGUGUUGGGUCGAAACUGGGCCUGCUUUUUUGGCAAGAAGUACUCCAGGAAUAUACAAACUAAUGUAGUUCAUUCAAAGAGACACCUGUUACGCCUCUCACAGAGACAAUACAAGCCUAAUGUGGAUUUUGUGAAAGCAAUAAAUACAGUUCAGAAAUCUUGGACUGCAACGGUUUAUGAAGAAUAUGAAAAAUUCACCAUUGAAGACUUAAUUAAACGUGCUGGUGGUCAUGGCUCACGCGUCCCCAGACGUCCAAAACCUGCGCCUAUGUUGGAGGAAGUACAGAAGCUUUCAAAUUCUUUGCCAGAAUCGUGGGACUGGAGGGAUGUAGAUGGAGUCAAUUAUGUUAGUCCAGUUAGAAAUCAAGGCACAUGUGGGAGUUGCUAUUCCUUUUCUUCUAUGGGGAUGCUAGAAGCUCGCAUUCGUAUUUUGACAAACAACACACAGACGCCGAUCCUAAGCACUCAGCAGAUAGUAUCCUGCAGUAAUUAUUCACAAGGAUGUAUGGGAGGAUUUCCAUACUUGAUUGCUGGGAAGUAUGCCCAAGAUUUUGGUAUGGUUGAAGAAGAUUGCUUUCCUUACCUUGGAAGAGAUAGUCCUUGCACCAUUAAGAACUCUUGCUACCGUUAUUACACAUCUGAGUAUUAUUAUGUGGGUGGAUUUUAUGGUGCUUGCAAUGAAGCAGCCAUGAAAUUGGAACUGGUUAAAAAUGGCCCUGUAUCUAUUGCUUUUGAAGUUCACAGUGACUUUAUUCAUUAUCGUGGAGGAAUCUAUCACUAUACUGGGUUAAGUGAUCCAUUCAAUCCUUUUGAGCUUACUAAUCAUGCAGUGCUGCUAGUAGGCUAUGGCAGUGACCCACAAACAAAGGAAAAAUAUUGGAUUGUUAAGAACAGCUGGAGUGCAAGUUGGGGAGAAGAUGGUUACUUCCGAAUCCUUCGUGGCAGUGAUGAAUGUGCAAUUGAAAGUAUUGCUAUAGCAGCUACCGCAAUGCCUAAACUUUAGAGGAAUAACCCAAUAUAUUUUCUGAAAGCCAAGCUGGAGAACCAGCUAUGGAUUUUGAUUUUUCCCUUCUAACUCUUUGAAGAUUAUCUGAAUCUUAAAUGGUUUUGAAAAGGUUUUGCUAGCCCCACCUUAAGUUGGUGUUGGAUGCUAUUGCUUAUAAAGAUGCUGUGUAAAAACAUCUUUAUCUUCAAUCUGAGUGUGCAAUGAUUUGACUUUAUAGAAUGUUUUUGAAUUCCAUAAUGAAUGGUGUGAUUUCCAAAUGAUUUUUAAACUUAAUAUUGUAAAGACUGGAUUUUGGCUUUCAAAUUAGAUUUUUUUUUAUUCCAUAAAGUUUUUUCCUUGAUCUAAAUUGAGACAAUUAUUAAGAUGUCUGUUUUAGUAUACAUAAGUGUAAAUGAUUUAAUCUAUGCAGUAUAUAUUUUUAAAAGUUUGAAAUAAUCACUUGACAUGCCUUUUUAAAAUUUAAGUUGUCUGAAAAUGGCUAUUAUAGAACAAAUUGUGAUCUUCAAAACUACAAAAUCAUUGCCUUAAAUCACUAAUCAAAAUGGUAAUUUCCUCAUCUGUGUGUAACAGGUGGGAUUUAUUAUGAAUGUAUCUGCAUUGAUUUAAAUUUGGCAAUUCCAAUUUUCAAUCGUACAGUUUUCCAUCAAAUUUGAAAUCUGUUUCAGAUAAGUAACCCUUUAAAAUAGAGCAUGGGUCAUGGCAAUAGGGUGUUUUCUAUUAAGUUGCUUAUAAUCAUAAAACUUGCUGGGCAAGAGUCUGAAUGUAUACACGUAAAGACUUGAUAUUCCCCGUAUGUAUAAAUGUGUUUUGCAUUUGGUUAUCAUCCAUGAUGUAACUCUUUUGCCAAAAAUUUCUUAACUUGUAUCUAUUCCAAUAAAAAUUGAUAAAACAUUGUUCAUCAACAAGUCUUCUGACCU